ACAUGUCGGCGGUGUGGGACAGACAACACAUCAGAGACAGGCAACACGUAAUGCGGAUCAGACUACAAGGCAAUCUUUCACGAUUGCACUGUCAGACUACUCCAGUAAAAUCUUGUAUUCCGAUACCACCCCAUCCCGUUUUUUUACGAUCACUGCGCUUUAUCUUGUCAAAUGCGACCGUGUACAUUCGUUACCGUGGCGACGACAACAAGAGUGGAGCGCGUCGACUUUGUAUUAUAAGGACAAAAGGGAGAAAAACGUGUGUUGGUGGUCACCGGUGCUCAGGACAGGAGAGGACGUUCGUUUAAGGCUUGCUUGAGAUCUGAUCUCAAUGUGCUGCCGAUCUCUAAAUACUGCCAUAUAUCCAUCCGUCUUUUAUACUGCUUAUCCUUAUCGUAUCCGUCAUGGUUGGCUCCACUAUAAAACUUGAACAGUUGUUUCAUUGUGCAGGUGUACCUAAUGAAGCGUCAACUUUGUGUAUGUCUUGGCCUUACGUCACUUGCGGUCCCGCAUGCAAGCACGGCAUUACAGCCAACUUGCGACUUUUAACUGCCAAAAUCUGGCGAUGGCUGAAGCAGAUGUUCGACACGGCGGCGUCCGCUCGCUGACGUCUCGCACGUCUGCCGCUUUCCCGCACUCCGUGAAAGGGAACAAAUUAAAAUCUACCCAAAUUUGUCUCGGGGAACGUUCCUGUCACAGCCUCGCUCACUACGACUCGAGUUGUAAAUGCGGCGAGCUCGGAGGCCACCUUGUCGUAGGAGUUUUUACACAGUGUCCAUUGUGUAACAGCUGUAAAACACGCUCCAAAUUAUUAACUCCACAUGCCUGCGCCGCUGAUGAGCUGGAAUCCCAGAACAACCUUUGGAUUUUGGCCAAUAACCUUGGAGGGAGACGCUGAUUGAGAACAGGACUGCGAAUCCAGGAGGAACAAGCAAGAUGAUUUGUUGAGGGGCCCCGGGGACCCAGCGAGCGCGCCUUGAAAACAGGUGGUGCAACAUCACACCGCAGCGUGCCUUCGGGGAGUAUUUGUAGAUGUUCAGGAAAUGCACGAAAAACAAAACACAUCCGCAACGCGACAAGGAGACAGACGCAAAACGCCACCUACGGUACGGCGCAGAUGCACAAGAUGCCAUUAACUCCUGACACGUUCCCGCCAAAAUGUCACUGUGUCACAAUUGAAUGCUCUAUGUUUUCUGGAAAGGAGGCAUAUUGUGCAUUUUUUCACACUUUAAAACAGUUACCAGAUGUCUUUCAUUAUCAGGACAGCCACGAUUGGAGCGUCAGCUUUGUGACUAUCGUGGCUCCGUUGGCUGCUUCUCCUCAUCUCGCCAGCAAGUGCAUGUGUAACAGCGGGCAGAAUCUCGUCAGCAAGUGUGCUCCUUCCAUUCGACGUUCGGUCGUCUCCUCUUUCUUGCUCAGUGGGCUGGGUCUCGUCAUCUUUCCAGCAAGUGCCUGUGUAUCAGUGGGCUGGAUCUCGCCAGCGAGUGUAUACAUUCCAGCUGGCAUUUAACUGUCCUCUUCCACAUUCCUUGGCAGGCUGGCUCUCAUCAUCUCGCCCACAAAAUGAUCAGUAACACCAGACUGGAUCUCACCAGCGAGUGCGUAUAUUGCAGCAGGUAUUUGGCGGUCUCUUCUUCCCCGAUGCUCAACAGGCUGGCUUUCCUCAUUUUGCCAGCAAACACAGAUCGCUGGCAUCGGGCAAAAUAUGAGAUUGACCAAAUUUAGACAUGGGGAUUUCAGCCCGACGCCGGCGAUACGUAGCAGUGGGCCGGAUCUCACCGGUAUGUGUAACAGCAGUGGGCUGUAACAGUGGAGUGGAUUUCCCCAGCAAGCGUGUGUACCGCACAGCAACUUGAUGGGUAGGCAGGCACUCUAGUGAGCCACCUAUUUGUAUACAAGCCAUUAAAAAGUCAAUUUUCCACAAUAUGUUCCCUUUAAACUACUUAUAUUGAUGAAUGUUGUGAUUCCACCCCCACACCCCCUCACAUUCAGCGUCACUUACAGUAGGGCAAGAACAAUUUCUUCCUUUUGACAGAUCACUCCAAAAUGUAUUAGCAGAGAGGCCAACUGUCAAUCCGCCUGCCCAAAGGUCCUUACAGGUCUCUCUCUUUUUUUUCCUCCCAGCACUGAAAAAUGAUGUAAUCAAGCCGUCCUUCCUUCCUACUAGCGCUCCAUCCAUCCUCUCUAAAGGCCUGGCGGUCCCUUUGGCCUCGCUCUGGAUCAAGUCCCCCACAAGGCCCCCCUGACCCCGUUAGAGGUGCAUGAUGGGCGGCCCUGUCACUUCAAAUGGCUGCCCAGGUCCGACGUGAGACUCACCCCUCACUAUGAUAAGGCAUCGAGCGCAACCUUACUGAAUAGCUUCCAAACAGGACGGGUGAAAAAAAAUGGCGUACAAUUUGGAAUUGCUUUCAAAGUUCUUUCCCAUCUACCAAUAAAUGACACAGGAAGACAAAGGCAGGACCGACGAACGUGGCAGGCGUGCUGGGGAGGAUCCAUAAGUCCUUACCGUGACCUCCGAGUGUCAGAACGGAGGAGUCACGUGACGGACAAAAGGCUCCCUAAUUAACAGCGAGGACUCUGGGAAGCCGCUCCGUAAUGAGGCACCAUGCUGGACGGGCCUCCAGUGAGGCACUUGGCCCAUAUGCAAGGCCAGCAUCGCAAGAAUUUACAUACUCCCGGCUCUGUUGGAUGGGCACGAUAUAGAGCACUAAUGAGGAUAACAUCAGGAGGCGCAUGACUGCAAACAUUAAUAUAUGUAUCAGGACCGGGGGUUCAAUAUUAAACCUGGUUGCUGGGGGAAAUGGGUACAAACCGCAACAUUUUCCAUGGGCACAAUUAAGGCUGCACGAGCGAGUCCCCAUGCCCCUUCCACCUCACCCUGUAUAAAUGGAAUGGAAGGGCGGGGCGUUGGCGUCUGAUCAGCAGGGAGCAAAAAGCCAAUGUCCGACUUGUGCGAGUGAUGCCAAUGGAGGGUUAGUGUGGUACAAAUGCAUCGAUGCAGGCUGCUAGUUACAAUAAGUUGACAAAAGUCAUCACCGCCACUGCAUGCAGCAGAGUUAUGAUGUUUGGACAAGCACAAUUCAUGAAGCCUUCAACAAUGCCAUAUAGGCUAUCACAAAUCAUCAAAGGGCGUUCAUACUCACAUUCACACCAAUGGGCAAUUCAAUGUGGAUGUUUUUGGAAUGUAAGAGGAAGCCGGAGUAACCGGAGAAAGCCCACACGAGCAUGGGGAGAACAUGUCGACUCCACAAAGGAAAGCCGCAGCCAAGAUUUGAACCCAGUACGCCUCGACUGUGAGGCAAGACAGAUGCGUGGCUGGGAGCAGAGUGCCGAGAUGAGGAAGUGGAGGGAGAGCCCGUGCACUCCCAAGACCGUCGCGUUGCUCAGUCCCCUGGGGACGAUCCGAGUCGACGCGUGUGAGAAUGGCGUGCACACCAUCCAGAUCCUAAUGGAUGUCGCACCUGCUGAAAGGAGCGGCGAGGCCCCCCUGAGCUGCCGCGUGGUCAACGGCGGCUCGGCAGAAACGAGCCCCGAGUUGCGGCGCUGCGUAGAAUGGCUCCAGGCGUACUUCGGCGAUCCGCGCAGCACUGGGAGUCUCCCGCCGCCCGCCAUUCACCACCCCGCCUUGAGAGCAGACACAUUCACCAGUCGCGUGCUGCACGUCCUGUUCAGAGAUGUGAAAAUCGGGGAGACGGUCUCUUACAAACGCCUGGCUGAGAUGGCGGGAAACCCCAGAGCGGCGCGGGCAGUGGGCGGGGCCAUGAGGAAGAACCCGAUUCCGCUCAUCAUCCCCUGCCACCGAGUCAUUUCGAGCAGUGGCCAGAGCGGCCCGUACAUGAGCGGCAGGGGCGACCGCCUCAAACAAUGGCUGCUCGCCCACGAGAGGCGGCGCGAGGAAGGCUGACGCACGACGGACGCCAACUGUAUCAAGUAUUGAAGAAAAAACACACACACAGAUAAAACACGGGCGCAAAGUUGAGUGUGUACGUAAAUAUUCAAUUUAAAUUCUUUUUUUUUUUUUAAAUCUAAGAAUAGAGAUGCUUGCAUAGUUAAUGUACGAGCGAGUUGUUGCAGAAUUAGAAUGUACAAAAAUAACUUAAACAGAGAACAGUAGGAAUUACAAACAUAUGCUCCCGUGGGCCUCCGCUGCGUUUGCCAGAUAGUGCUUGGAAUGGUUUUUCUAAAGAGUUAUUAUUCCCUUAAAAAUAUGUCUCUCGCAUUGUUGUUGUUGUUGUUUUUUUCCUGAGAGCAGAAUUAGUCUUUGUACCUCUCGUUGUUUUUUUAAUUUCCUGCCAAGCGAGUGCUUUGUUCGACAUCCAGUGAUAAAGGCUCCGAAUUUUGCCGCUACAAAGCUUUGUAGUGGAGUAUUUGUUUUGUCUCCAUUUAAAUCUCAUUGUUUGCUCUCGUCUUACAAUCCACCUUCAGUGCUGAUGAUGUCUUAUGCAUUAUAUACAGCGCUUUAGACACCUUUUUAAAUCGACCUCUCUCUACGUGUCAAAUUAGUGCCUUUCAUCAUUUUGAAUUGCGUUUAUUUACAAUAAAAAGUUGACUGCCGCGGGCUCAUUACCGAUUAGGCUUGCGUGUCUUUCACACGUCUAUGCCGAGCGAGCUGCUUCUCUUUUCUGCUCUCUCCGAGUGGAACGUUUUCCAUUAGAGGGCAGUACAGAACGGGAAAACUGGCACAUUUCAACCUGGAAUUCAUCCUUGCACAUUUGAUCCACAACUUACAUGUUUAUAUGUUAUUUUAUUUCCCCCGCACAACCGGGUUUAAUCCCUUUUGAGAGGAAUUAUUUUAUCUUGGGAGGACCAUAUGGAGGGGGCAGCAGGGAGUGUGUGAGUGUGUGUGUGUGUGAGUGUGUGUGUGUGUGUGUGUGUGUUUUGACAGAACAUUUCCAGUGCUCCCCCUUAAGGAUCUUUUGUUGCGUUGACGCUUUCAUUCUUUUCUUUCUCCUUUUAAAUUCUUGAUUCUCCUCACUGUCUAAUGCAAUUCCGGAGUGACCCCAACAUGCCCAUAGUUAUUCCUCCUCUGUGCAGCGCAGGUAGCCUAAUAAUCCGCCCUCCCAAAAUAACCUCGGCUCUAACCUUUACUGAUCCAAUUCCAGUGGCCCUCCUCUUGAAUACAUUUCAACCCCCCCCUCACAUUUUUGAAUUCGUCAUCCGCGGCGGCGGACUCGCUUACGCUGGUGCUGGAGCGCCGUCGGUAAGCGUGGAUGUCGAGGCGGCAGACAGGCAGAUGAAGAAUGAGACCCAGUCUGUGGUUUCGCAGAGGGCUAAUGAUGCCUGUGGUGACUACAGGCUACAGUCAGCCCCCUAACGAAGGGAGUUGUGACACAGCCACAAGGGGUCCCAUUUAAGCCAGGCACACUCUGAAGUGCACUGUAAGCACCCUCCUUUUCUUUUUCGUUCUUUUUUUUUUUUUUUUUUUUUUCUUGCUUGUGGCUAACUAAAUUCCGUGGAAUGCUACAAAUUUAGCAAGCAGAGUUGCUGCUGUCUGAAGCUGCUGAAAACAAGUCCAGCAUCAAAGCGUCAGCCAUGCUGCCAGUAAUUGGCCGUGUAAUUGCUCAGGUACCCAAGGCAACGCUUUAUAUUAAAUAUUUCACACCUCUUUUUUUUUUUUUUUUUUUUUAUUUGGGAGAUUUUUUUUGGUACUAGCAGUAUUAUUAGUGUUUUAUUGUUGUGGAUAGCCAACAUUCAGAAUUCGAUUAAAGGAAGCUGAGUCCCUUCUCAUCAUGCGACACCUUUAAUUUUGCCCUAAUAUCGCCCCCCGCCCCCCGUUUCAGCGGGUGCACGUGUGUGUGUGGCCACGCGUGCUCAUGAGCGCGCAUGUGAACGUCCAUAUGUGUGUGGGUGAAGUGGAUGAUAUUGAGUCUGACUUCAUAAAUCACCCAGACACUGAUAAACUCCCCAUGCACCCACACACCGCUAAUGGGCAACCCUUAAGGAGCGUGAGUGUCUCGUGCGGCGUUUGAUUCAACAUUUAUUAACCCCCUCACAUGCGCUCACACACACACACAGUCAUUUGAGCCCCACAAAGAAUAUGUUUUGGUGGCGUUGCUAGUGUGAGUUCAUAGUUUUGACCCGGCCAGGUUGCAUUAAUCACCGGCGGCCGUAGUGAGAAAUAUGUGCGCUUAUAGCGGCGCAACAACAGCAGCCACUACAUUUCCCAACAUUGGUUUCCUUCUCAUAACUUACAUCCUGUCUCCAACUCCCCACUUCCCAUCUCAUAUCCUGGCACCCCUCCUCAUUAUAGAACAAUUUUCUCCCCCACAUCAAAUACAAACACACUCCAUGCUUCCAUGUCUUGCUCCUUAUACAUGUUGGCUCAUAACUCCGCAACCUGCUCCCCCUCGGUAGAAACAUGCAAGCCCGAGUGGGGUCCUGCAGCCGCAUCAGUGAUUCAUUCAUAGCAGCUUUUAUUAUUUCCAAGAAGUUUGCAAGCUUAAAAAAACCCAAAAACUUUUGAGGAGCACGUUAGGGAAGCUGAGAGCGGCGCACUGCUGCUGGGAAGCCGGAGGAGUGUUUGCUAUGCAGAUAGUCCAGCAGUCAGCCAGUCGGACACAGGAAUAGAUUGCUCGCAUAGACAGACUGAGGCUUGGCCGCGCUAUCGGGUUUCCUCCCCCUCUUGUCUGUCUGCCGAGACCGCCUGGCCUCGGAGGCCCUGACACCGAGGCACCGUGCAGCCGGCCACGACAGCUGCCGCCGCAGCCCCUAAUAGCGACGCACGCCGCCACGCUACGCCGCCGCUACAAAGCAGAAUGUCAUUGCAAACAUGGCGUCCUUUGAUGCUCUUUUCUAAUGAUCUUUGUGUUUUGAGGGGGAAAGCGGCACGAUUGGAGACUUGUAGGGUGUCGUUUCUUUUCUGGGUGAUUCUCUUAGAGCAAAGAAAGUAAAGGUGUGUGUGCUUGCCAGUAACCUUGUAUCAGUAUGUCAUUGUAACCUUCCGAACCCGGGAGCAGAACCGCGCUUCUCUAAUUAGGAACGGCUGAUGAAGGGCCGCAUUACGUGCGAGCCUCUCCCGGCACGUAUCAAUCUGUGAGCAUGCGGUGCGUUAAGGAGAGUGUCUCAGCCUGGAGAAAGUGCAGGUCUAGCCUUGGUCCUUGUUGACGGAGGGGGCGGCACUUCAGAGGCUCCGGGACCCCGUGGCACCAGUCUCUCCAGUCCCCCAGACAGACCGGGAGCAUCUGGGCUCUGUCAGCGCCUCCGGCCCCCACAGACUGCGAUCUAUAUGACGGGGAGGAUUGGAUCAGGGAGAGGAGAAAAUAUGAGCCAGAUUCCCUCAGCCUUGUGCAAAAUGCAUGCCAGUUAGCAUCAUAGGUACCGUGUGUGCGCGCGUGUGCGCUUGCUGCACUGAUAACAGGUCAGAGUGAUUAAUUUUGCAUGAUGGGAGAUGGAGGCUAUUGAUUAGAGGCUAACGCCGGAAUAAGUCUUCUCUAUAAAUUGUCCAAUUAAGUAUUAAUUAAAAGUGCGGCACUGGAAAUAUUCAAAAUAAAAUAAAUAACACAUCACGGCGUAUGCAGAUUACAUUGACAGAAAUCAUUCCAGAGAUGUUUUGAAAGCUCUCUGUGAUGUGACGGCGUAGAUGGAAGCUGAUACGCGCGCAUGCCAAGACUAAUUAAUCCAUACACUAAAUUAGGAAUGUAAAUUGUGGUCCCGAUUUAACAAGGUCAGUUUUAACUUCUCACUUUACACUUUAUUUAACUGUGCAAGAGCGGGGAAGGAGGAGGCACCCUAUCAAUGUGUUUCGCUUAUUAUGAUUGACGAUUGAUGAUUAAGUCCUCCAGCUGACACACACCAGCAAAGCCGGUGAGUUGGAAUUGGAUGUGACACAUACACAGUUCUGCGUGUUAGGUAAUUCGUUGACGAGGGGCCAAAUUCAUUUAUGGAACAGCGGUAUUGGCAGGCGUGGACACUCUCUGCAAAAACAACGAUAAUCACAGAGGUUUGGCGCGGCGUGACAAGGACUCUUCAGGGAAAGGCCCUUACACGCCGCUUUGUUGGCCGCUCCUUGCCUGAGACGUGAGGGGAAACAUUCGCCGCUGUUCCUAAAAUGAGAGUGACUCAGAGCGGGAACACGCUUGGUGCAAGGUGUGCGUGAUGUUUUCAAGACGGAAUGUGGACUAGAAUAGCCCGUACAGAAAGUAUUGUAGGUAUUUUCUAUACAUUUUAGUUUUACUCGUUUCAAUUAUUAUUAUUAUUAUUAUUUAUUUUUUUUGAAAGUCAGUUGGAAAAAUAAAGCACAAGGGGGGGAGCCAUUUAAUCUCCUUUCGCAUUCCCCAUUUUUCCUGCUAAUGAGCCUUAUUGACAAUCAAACAGAAGCUGUCAUCCCCCAGGAUGCAACACUCCCAUCCCCAGCCUGUUUGUCAUAGUGUCCUGGCAAUCAGAGCCGCCUGCAAGACCAGGCUGGCAGUUAGCGCUUCUCACAGCGGCGCUGCCUGAAAAUGGCACACUUCCUGUAGAGUUGCAGCUGCCACCUCUGCUACUUCCAUUACUUUCUAUAGCAUGCAGAUGUUGUAUCAACAUUCCCUGCCAAGGGGACCGCAAUAACUGCGAGAUUCAUGCCAUGUUUCAGAGGCACGUCAAUUUCUCAAGUGGCACAAUUAAAGAGGGAAAUGCAGCACCAGGUUUCUCACAGGCGCUGAAAUCGGAAAAGAGCUUUUCACUUUUUUUUUUUUUUUUUCCAAAGGGGGUCUGUUUCGUAUGGGUUCAGAAACCCACCCGAUUUUUACUGCCCUUUUCCUGAGUGGAGCUGUUCUGUGAGUCUUUGUGCGGCGGACCUGUCGUGACCCACAGCGGAUAUGGAAAUGGGGCGAAGGUUUUAUGGGCCAAACGGAUUGGACACAGUCAAGCUCAGGGGGCAUGAAUAUUGGAUGUUAUUUCUGCUCCCUUUUUAUGUAAUCCAUUGCCAAUACAUUAUUAAUAGAUGAUAUCAUAUCCAGAAGUACUGGACAAAGCACUACAGAGGGGCACUAUGAAAGGAGCGCUAUAUGGUGAGAGCGUGGCAGUUAUUUUAUCACCGCACCUCGACGCUCCCUGACCGAGCAACAUUUAAGGAGUCGUUUUCGGGACUAGGUGAAGUUCGUAAAGGGAAAAUAGGUUGAACGCUGCGCUCCUGUUGAGGCAAAAUCUUGCAUUUGUGGAGGAGAAAUUCACUGAAACAUUAAUGAAGUAUCAAAUGCCAUCCAAAUUCAAGUUUAAUGGCUCUUCCAACGCGCUGGGAUACUUUGCUCAUUCCUUCUUGACUGCAUCGAGUGAGUGAAGUGGAAAUCUUUGUACGGAUCUAGUUUUCGCUGCAAAGCUGCGUCCCGGUGUGUUGUUGGAGCAGGGGAGUGCUGUAUUAUCAGAUGUUCCCAUUCACACACAGACUGCAAGACUAUUUGUAAAAAAAAAAAAAAAAAAAGAAAGAAAAAAGGGUCAAAGCUCUUGUUUUGAUAUGGAAUUGUUCAAAAAAGGUCAGCCCUCUUUAUUUUGAUCUAUUGUCAUCUCAAAGUUGUGAUCCCAGGUUGUGCAGUCAAAGUAGUUCCCACUACAGUAUCUAAACUCCCACUUUGUUUUUUGUUUUUUUAUACCCCUUUCCUCUCACUCAGCAGUUAACAGCCAAUCCCUAAAAAGACCUCCUCAGCACUGCCCACCCAGCGGCCAAGAUAAACUAUUGUCAUGCUAUUUUAGUUUGAUGGGCCCGUGUCUGGACACGCAUAGGCACAAAGGUAUGACCACAGCAACAUCCAUUAAACGUCAACCUAUAACCUCCUCAAUAACUGCUACACAGGGAGCGGAUGCUGUAAGCUAAUAUUCCCGUUUUUAAGGUCAGGUGGAAUUGUUUUUUCUCCUGGGAAAGCGCAGAUUGAUAAAGCACAAACAAAAACCUCUUUUCUGAAUGCUUGUCCUCCGUGGCCUCGGUGAAGGUUUCAUUCCUUUAUAUCGCGCAGCCCAAUUCCCAGCAUGCACGGCCAUUGUGGCUCUUUCAGUGGGCACUCUCCAUUGACUGGCUCAUUGUCCGGCCGCCCUUUUGUGCGUGCGCUAUCGCCGGAGCGCAAUCUUUCACCUGAACAGCCCCGCCGACGGUCACCUAAAGCGGCCGAGUCACCCGUGGAGACGCCGCGAUUAACCCGGCCGAUAAUGAAGAAAUAUUUAUUGUCGAGUAUCCGCUCCAAUAAAUCUACAGCGGUGCUGGCUAAUAACGUGGCUGUUAGUCAUACCCCGGCAGAGUUGUUCAAUAUUACUGCACAGUUAUAAUACGAAGAUAUCUUUUCUUUUUUUUUUUAACCUCUCAUUUCUUUUUAAAUAUAACAAUCCACGAGCAGAUGUUUGAACCGUGGCCCUCGGCAAGUCUAGUUAAGAUCGAUAUUGCUUUCAAUAUUUCUCUCCUUUGACAGAUAAGCACUACUGAGGCGAGUCUUGAUAAGAGUGGCAAACGUAUGGAUGUGGCCAGCCGCGUUCUCUUUUGAUUGCGUGACCCCUUCACCUUUUGCCUGCGUCGGGGAGGGAGGCGGCCGCACGGUACGGCGGGGAGGGUGUCUGUCAGGCUCUGGUUAUGGGGCAUUAUUGACCCAGGAUUUAUAAAUAUUUAAUGCACACAUUAAGAUCAUGGUGGAGGGUGGCCAUUAGAGUUCUCCAAUAAAGAGGCUCUCAGAAUGAUUGAGUGGCGUGGCCGAGCUCGCCGGACACAGAGAGGAAACCUGCUGAGACAAUCGAGUGCAACUCCAGCCUGCCUGCGAGCGCUUAAAAUUGGCAACAACUGAGCAAACAUGUCAUUUUUGAUUGUGCUUUCACCCGCACAACUUGUCCGUUUUUUUUUGUUUUUUUCCUCUACCCUCGCUGGCUCUUGUUCCCGCCAUGGCAUUUUGUGCCUGGGUUUAAUUUAUAGCCACGCUCCCGCUAAAUGUACAGUUUGCGCAUUUUCCUGCCCGAGCAAGAUUUUUGUCAUGAAUAAUAGAGACAGCGGUGAGCAAGGCGAUAGAUCCGACGCUGUAUCCGAAACAGAUAAUGCAAUGUCAGGACGCUAUUGUUAUCAGACACUUUGGAUUAUCAAGGGAAUGAUUUGAGGGUAGGAGGCGAUCGGGGCUGAAAAUUAAAUUGCUCUUUUGAGGGCGUCUGUCCUUUUUGCUAUCAGCACCCCCCACCCCUUCCACCCGCUGCCGACUAUGUGCGAGGCGGCAGCGUCCGCGCAUGGCGCUCGACAUAAUAAGCUGCGAUAUGCUGAUUGGCACUCAGGUCGCCGCCGCUUAAUUGUGCAUUAAAAGGAGAGUUGGCUGUGGACAAUGUUGCCUUGAUGGGAAAUUGACAUUUUGUGACCUGCUUCUCGGCGCACGCCGAGGACGCCAGAUAAGAUGCUCUCUUGUUUUUAGGGAGCCCCCCCCACCACCACACACACACACACCCCUAAACACUCUUCUCCUUCUUUUUGAUCCACUUGAUGAGUAUAGAUUUCACAGUGGUCCCCCCCCCUCCUUUCAGCUCGCAAACUAUAAGGGGUUCAGAACGAUACCAGCUCUUAUAGACAAAGGAUAACCUUGCUCUUUCAAUGUAUUGAUUCUUUAUUAACUAGGUGGCUUAAUGCAAUGAAAUGAGGGAUUUGAAUGAGCCCCAUUUGGGGUGCUUUGAAUAAGAAGCUGCUGCUGUUUAUGAAUGACUACAAUGAGGCUUUGAAGCAGCAGGAGGAUCUCACAAUGUCAGAGCGCUUCGUCAAGAGUGGGAGUAAGAGAUGGUCCCCCCCCCCCCCUUUUUUUUUUUGGAGGUUACACUUCUCAGCUUUGCGCUCGUCUUUCCGGUGGUCCGUCUGAGGGGUCAUUCGCGCUCUAGAAGUCCGCAGUUUAGUGCAAAGUGUGUGUGUUUUUUUUUUUUUUUUUUUUUUACUGUAAAAUUUUAAUAAAACAUCGUUUCCAUUCCAAAUGUUGACAUUUUUAAUGUUUCUCCCCUGUAAACACGUGUAAGCUAUGUGGCAGAGUCAUAAGUGGUGAGUAAAAAUGACUUCUUUACAUUCUACAAAACAGAAAAUAAUACAACCACAAAUGGAGACUGUUUUUUUUUUUUGUUUUUUUGUUUUUUGUUUUUGUUUUUUUU